AUGUUGCGUGGGGAAAAACUGGAGAGAGCAUUUAAGAAAAACAAAUAUGCGAGAAACCGGAAUGAAGGAAUAAGAAACCUGCAAAAGGUACUGCCAGCCACCCCUUCAAAACACACUCUUCACCCCGUGACCGAGUCCUCCCUCCGGAAGAGGAUAAAACUCCGCCAGAUAAUCCCAGCGAGUGGCGCCUCGUCCCCGACGCUCCUGAAAAUCACGCCCCAUGUACCCCUCAGACCGCACGACCAUCCCGUGAUCAUCAAGGAAGGAAUUCCCGAUGCCUGGCUGCAGUACGCAGCCUUGAAAGACGUCUGUCGACCUCCAUCCCUCAACAAUAUCCAGUACAAAGUCCCCUGUGACAACAUGAAAAUCACGGACACUCUUCUGAAGGAAUUCGGAAUGUCCCUCCAGCAGGGAAUCCCCGAUCCUUUCAAAAUCCAUGAGCUGAGACGCUGGAAGCGCUCCCCGAGCCCCGAAGACACCCCCCGAAAGCCCAAAAACCCGUCUCAAAGCAGUCGUCACGACCCCGAGGGCCGUCCCCCCGCCGGCGACCGCGGAACUCCAAGAAUCCGACCCCAAGAAAAACGGGAAAUCCCCGAGGAAAAACAGCACCACCAACGCGACACUAAACCCAACGAAGACAAGAACCCCCAUGACAACACCAAAACUAAAGAUCAAUCCGACAAAUUAAACGAGAGAGUCGCGCACAUCUGUGACUCGUCCCCAUUCUCUCCAGAGGGAAGAAAAACGGGAAAAAUGGAGUUCUCCAGCUGCAGGGGCUGCCCCCGCCAGACCAAAGUCGGAAGGAUGAUGAAGGGGAUCUUCAGGAGAUGCAGAAACACGAUGAGGAGCAUCUCCAACAAGUCAUCGGUCGACGUCGACGUGAACUUCGUGUGCUACCGGUGCAACUAUCCCUGUUUCAGGAUCUGCAAGGUCGAGGGCUGUUCGCAGCCAGCGAAAAUCUCCGGGAAAAAAAUUAUUUUCGAUCGUCCAGACGACGCCGAGGGUCUCCAGGGGAUGGGUAUGAGGAGAGUGAAUAUUUCUCGUGGUGAUAGUGCGACGAAAUGUGAAGCAACCACGAGGAGGCAUAAGCGAGCAGCGCGGAAAUCUAGAGCCGAUGAUCUGAAUGAUAGUGAGGAGCUCAGUGUGACUUCCGCCACUUCCGCUGUCGAUUCCGUUCGUACUGACUCAUUUGUUGACGUUCUUGAGAGAAAAUCGAGCGAUAGAGGGAACAUCCCCUUCGAAGGGCGUUCCAAGGACGCUUUGAACUCGAGGGAUUCAUCGGAGAGACUGAGGAAGUACAUUUACGAGGUUUUUCCUCCAGCUCUGGAGUCGGUGUCCUCUGGGGAUGAUAAGGAAGAGAGGAAGUGGGCGGAGAAGUUCUUCACGAGGGGUGGGAGCCACCAGAUUGAUGAGAGGAAUAUCGAGAAUGCGGGGAGAGAGGGAAUGGGUGGGAGAGAAUCUGAGAACUCGAGUCUUCGGACUGAAUUCCCGGAGGAACGCAGGGGCUACAAUAAUUUCAAGCUGUAG